AUGUCUACGCCGCUUCAACAACCUACCCUCCUUGAUUCUUGUGAUACGACCCUUCGAGCAAGACGCCCUAGCUCCUUAAAUUUGUUGACUGCGGUGCUUCCUUGCUUCACUGCCAAUCCCUCUUCUCCUGAUGACUUCAACCCUUCAGACGACACACCCUUAAACGACACACCCUUAGGACAAGGUCUCUCACAAAAGUCCAUGUGCAAGGACGUUUGCGAUGGCGCCUCGCAGUUUUUCUUGCAUAUUUCAUGUGAUGGAGGUGAGGCGUCAUUCUCCAUUCUGGCAAGUAAUUCAAUCUUGUCUGGAAAUCUAAGUAACUGGUACUCCCUUAUGUUCAAUACUUACAACGAUGAACAUCUCGCCAAGCUUGUGAAAGACCACCCUCCCAAGCCAGCUGCCCGUGGGGACGUCUGCAUCACUGCGUCUGCCAA